ACAGGCCUGAGCAUCCGCAAACCACCUCCCUAAGCACAUUGCCACACAAUCAGUUACGUCAUUUACAGACGAAAUUUGUUUGGAGGUUUAAAGAUAAAAGCCAAUUUUCUAGAUAGAGGGAGAGGGGCAGAAGGUUUGUUUAUCUUUAUUUCAGCUUUUCUCCAUAUUUAAUGGUUAACAUAUAGCUACAAAUAAUUAAUCAAGUUUUUAAUUUCAACUUUGUUGUUUCAAAUAAAUUAUUGAACUUAUUUCAAAUAUAUUGAUUUAGACAUGUUUACUGAAGGUAGUUCUACUUUAACAACCUUCUACUGGGCUCAGUUUGUUAAAACUUCACAAAUAAAAUGUUUCUAAAAUUACUUGAAUUCUGGAGAGCAGUGAAUUUGGUGAAAAUUCUGGUCUUUAUAGGGCUCAUUCCUGUUCAUGAAGAUGCCAAUGGACAAUUAAAGUUUAAGCUUGUAUCUUGGAAAACUGCUGUGGCAUUUACUUUUCUUAGUAUUAUUCCAACCACUUGUCGUAUUGUUGGGAAACUACUGGUGUCAAUCCACUUUAAACGACUGGAACAAUCAGCUAGCACAAUUAUGGAAAUAGCGGAUAUCAUUCACAUUAUUCAAACAAUAGUGUUUUCUUUGAUAUGUCCAAUUCUUACAGCUAACUUGGUAGAAAAGUCUAAGAUGUCUUUAAAUAGAUAUAAACUUUCCAGAAUGAUUUGGCUGGUGGUAUACACUACCUUCUCCAUCAUCAUAACUGUACUUCGCGUUUACACAGCUAUUAAAUCUGGAUUGGGUAUUGCAAUACCAAUUCUCUAUACUGCCUUCAAUACCCUUCACACGAUAGGGAUUGUUAGUGUCAUGCUGGUAAUCACCUUUGUCUCUUCACCAAUUAUAGAUGAGGGCAAUAAAAUAGAAAUAACUGAUGUUGACACUCUUAUUGUGAAGUCAGUAACGUUGGUUGAGAAAACCAGGAAUAUUAAGCAAGGAUUUAGUCCUAUUCUCUUCUCCAUUCUUUCAGGCAGUGUUUAGGAUCCAUUUCAGUUAGAUAUGGACAGAUCCUUGAUCCAUACAGUGGAAAAAUCCUCCAGUUUAUGAUAUUACAUAAAGUUUUUUUUUUACCACAAGGCAAACACCAAUUCUGACAUUUUCUUCUUUUCCCCACUAAUUUUCAUCUUAACUUAAAUUGCCAAUGAUUUGGAAAGUUUGGUUGAUCUCUCAUUAGUUGUCAAAUGUAAAAAAACAAAAACAAAAAUGGUCAUUGGUAAACCAUCAUUUCGUAGAACAAGGCAAAGCACCCAUCAGAUAUUUAACAGCCAAAGGAUGGAAAUUAGUCUUACAAUUGAUAAAUAACACAAGUCUAGUGUGAAUCAAUAUUUCAAGGGCAUGGAUUAAGACCAAAGGUUUUUCUAAUGUUAUGUUUUAUAUGUUGCCAUUUUGUUUUGAACCAUGAUUCUAAACACUGCUCUCAGGUGCAACAAUAUACAUCCUGUUGUACACUUACUUGGCUAUUAAAGCACUUAUGAGGGGAAGCCAUGGGAAUCUUCCAGCUAUUGUGCUAGGUGUCCUUGCCAUGCUUCUACUUGUUUUCUACAUUGUAGGCUUCUGUGAUGAUACACAUCAAGUUUUGGCAGUAUUUAGUCAUAAACUCAGGUAUCACUUACUAACAUUUUUGAGUCUUGACUGUAUAAUUUCAACAAGCUAAGCCCAGCUGUCUAGCCUGUUAGAUGCAGGGUAAUGGUGCCAGAAAAUUAUUCCUUUCCCUUAAUUGAGGAGGUAAAUUUCAUAUCAGCAGCUUGUCCACCGGAUAUGGAGUUCUGUUGCUGAAGCUUAGCCAUUACUCCAAUAAGAUAAAAAUUUGCAAUUUUUUCCCCUCAUUGGCAAAUUUUACCUUCAUUGGAAAAUUUUCCCAAUCAAUUGCAUAUUUUCCCUCCUAAUUGGCAGAUAUUUUCCAAACCUGAUUGAGUUUCCCAACUGAUCAGCA